CCGUGCUGUAGAAGUCUAGAGGUAUUUCUUCUCUUUUCUUCCUUCUCCCGCUAGAUAGAUAUGCAACUCAGUAAUUUCGAUCGCGACCGAGGAAGAGGAGAGGGUCACUAGCGACAUCGGAAUUCAGUGUGAAGGUGUACACGUACUACUUGAACACAAUCAAGAAGAUCAAGAUCAAAAACCACAGAUAAGUGAGACCGGUUCGAACUGUUGUAGGAUGUGUAGCUAUCUGUUGUAUCUAUCGAUUAUAAAUCGAGACGGUCGAGGCCAUCGUUAACGAUCGAUAGUGAGCCGGUUCGUAUUGUUAUAGUACGAAUUUGUCGAUAACAGAAAGAGGUAAUGUGCGUUUCUAACCAACGUCAAGAGUCGUCAAGAAGGAUAUCCAUAAUUACGGAGAACUAACCCUGCACCCGAACUGGCCAGCUGAAUGUGAAACUGAAAGAACCUCACUGGAUGACCAUUAUUAGAGCAUGGAAGUAAACGUUGGCGAUGUUGUUCUACCCGGCGACGUAAUUCAAGCGCCUAAUACAAAUGAUAAAGGAAAACUCAUACUUGGGCCAGGAUUGUGUAGACACAUGGACGAAGUUUUGAUAACAACAAGCGGUGUUCUUAGAAAGAAAGGGCGUAAUGUAUAUUGGGUGGAUAGUCAUCGAAAGCGGUAUGUGCCAGUAAAAGGAGACACUGUCGUUGGUGUUGUAGUGAACAGAUCAGGAGAUACAUUUAAAGUUGAUAUUGGGUCUAGUGAACAAGCAUCAUUAUCAUAUUUGGCUUUUGAAGGAGCAACAAAGAAGAACAGACCUGACGUUCAAAUUGGUGAUAUUGUCUUUGCAAAGUUACUUGAGGCAAGCAGAGACCUGGAACCAGAAUUGGUUUGUGUUGACUCCUAUGGAAAGAAAGGGAAAUUGGGUGUUCUCCCAGAGGGUGGCUUCAUUUUCACCUGCAGCUUAAACCUGAUACGAAAAAUAUUAAACCCAAAGUGCCAGAUGCUGAAGAUUUUAGGAAGUGAAAUACCAUAUGAUAUUGCAGUUGGAAUGAAUGGUAAAUUAUGGCUAAAAACUAAAUCUAUUAAAGAAACUAUUGCUAUUGUAAAUGCAAUACUAACUGCAGAGCACUUGCAACAUCAUGAAAUUGCUUCACUGUGUGAUGAUGUUAUCAAUGCUCUGAAAGGAAUGUAGGAUAGAGUUGCAACAAAGUUGUAACAGCAUGAAUCAAUUUGACAGUUAACAGUUUUGUUGAUAUUUCAACAGUUCUUCAGUUCUGUAUAUAUAUAAAACUAUGUAUAUGAAACCAUUAUACCAAAAAGCAAUACAGGACAAUGAAUAUAAUACAUAGAGCUGGGCACAUGGGGUCACGGUGCCAUCAGUGAAAUGACUUCUUUCUAUACAUGUAUGCAGAAAAGUGAAAAUUUUCAGAUGGUGUUUGGAAGACUGAUGCACUGGACAAGAAAAAAACUACUUUCAGCCCAACAAAAAAUAAAAAAGGCUGAGAUGGUUUUGAGAAGAGGUGGAAGUUUGGGCAAGAGACAUCAUCUGAUGCAGGCAAGGCGUUCAUCUACAGACAAGAAUGGCCUUCCAAAUCCAUAUAAAAGGAACAUAAAUUCCACCUAUCAGGGCCAUACAUGAUAUAAUCUGGAUCAGAUAUCCUUAUACAGCCACAGCUGUCUUUAAAAUAAGGACCACCCUAGUACUGAUGAUGGCAUCAGUUGUUCAACCACAAUUUUACAACCCUGAAGAGGAUGAAAGUGAAAUUUCUUAUGAGAGUCCUUUGGAUGCACUACAACUGGUGCACAAGCUGAGACAGGACAGCUUCCUUAUUGAGGGUAUUAAUAGACAUCUGCUGCUUCUUCCCACCACAGAAGCUUACAGUCAAAUACUGCAGAAAUGGAACUGGAAGACGAAUUUGGUGCAGGUGACACAAUGCUAAGUAGGAAGUGGAUGAAAGUUUGAUAUAAACUAGAAUAUACGAUGACAAGAAUGACAGUACAUGGUCUCUGUUAGAAUGCUUAACUGAGUGUACGUGUGCCCUCUAUGGAAGUGAUCAAUAUAAAUUUGUUUUUUGUGGCAAGUGCACAGUUUCACUAACAAACUUCUGCAGAGAGAACAAAUGCAUGGUUUGUACUUUCCCCUUAUUAUUAUUAAAAUUACAGCUCCCCAACUUUGCAGUAUACUAGCCACUGACUUGAGUGUCUAUGAUAUGGUUCAAAUCUCAUCAUUGAACUUGUUAUGUGUGUAUUACACACAACACAAACUUCAAUGAAACGGAAUUGUGUUAAACAAAUUUAACCUGUUGCCAAAUUGGGGUUUGUUGGAGAAAUAUAUAUUCAAACAUGCGUGUAAAUGAUCACUGUAUUAUGUAGGUAUGCAAUAUAACUUCUUUUUAAGGUUCAAUGAUUCUUGAUUUCAUUCAAGUGAUCCUGUCCAAACAGAUGUACAGUUGUUGCCAUUUUAAUGGCUUGCAAUAAAAUGUAACUAUAUAGCCAUUAAAUGUUUUAUGACUAUCUUAAUUUUCUUUUGUAUUAUAUAUUUAUUUUCAGUGUUUUUAUGGUGAAAACAAAAUUUACAAUAGAUAUGAACAACUGAUAAGCUAAUCCAGUUUUAUUACAGACUUCACUUUAUAAUGGUAUUUUUGUGUACACAAACGACUUGUACCUAGGACAGUCUAUUUAUAGGUAUAUAUAUAUAUGUCUGUAAUCUAAAACUUGAUUCCAGAAUACAGUCUCUCCACUUCAAUACUUUGUUUCCAGAGAUAAUAAAUUUAUAUGUAAUAUUCCUCCAAGGGCUCCAGCACCAGUUAUGUGAAACUUUGUCAGUGUAUUCUAUCAAAAUCUGCACAACCUAACAAGAAUAAUGGCUUUUAGGCAAAACCAGGAAGAACAGAAACUAUAAUACACAAUAGGUUAGGGAUUUUAACUGCAGUGUUGUCAAAUAGGCACUUUGUGAAGUCUGGACUUAAAAAACCAACAACCUAUGUGGGACAGUUAAAUGAAUACUACCUUAAAAAGACAAACUGAUAUUUUACAAACUGUGCUUUAUGGCUGGGAAUGUUAGAUUCUAACAGAACUGAAUUGGCAGAGAAAAAUUUCUUGAGACCAGUAGCAGGUUACUGUAGAAUAGACAAGGAAACUAGGAUAUAAGAAAAUAUAUACAACACAAAAUAAAAAGAUCAACAAAAAUUAUAUGAAUAAAAACUGUACAGAAAUUACUAGAUUAAGAACUUCAAGGAACAAGACAACUGGAAUACCUCCAGAGAUUAAAAAAUCAGUUCAUAUAAUGCGGGAUUAGAACACGCCAAUAGGCUUAAGCUUCGUAUAUGCAGAUGACACAACAAUGCUAUGAACAAAUUUUCAUAAACAGGGUCUAUCAAGAAUUCUUUCUUCUGGGAUAUAACACCAUUAUACUUUGUUGCUACAUGGUGUUACAUCCCAGAAGAAAGAACUCAUAACCACCACUAUGAGAAUCUCAAACCCUACAUAGUCUAUCAAAUCUGAUAUGCACUUUGGAUCCCGCUCAAUAUUUCUUCAGACACUUAAAACACUAUAUUAUGAAGCAAAGAUUAAAAUAAAGUUAUCAGUAUGUGCAGACCCUCCAGGUUCUGUAUCCUAAACAUGUAAGAGAAGCAGAACUUUGUGAAGUUUUCAAAAGCAUAACAUAUUUGGAGCUGACUUGACACUUGUAUUUUUUGAGUAUGACUAUGAAUGAUCAAAGGUAUAUUAAGUAGAUACCAUAACAAUUCAGCACUACAAGUUUGCCAGGCCCUGUUCAUAAUUGGAUGGUCAUCAAACUAUAUCAGUUACAUCACCAAACACAAUAUUAUGCACUGUGUCCUGAUAAAAUUAUUUCAACACAAGGGAGCAAAGGAGAUUUGAGUUUCAACUUAAGGAAACAGCAUCAAGUUUCUGGUUUUAGAAAAAAUUGUUAAAUGUGAUUAUCACCUAAAUGUGGCCAUUGCACUGGAUCCUGACCCAGUUCAAUCUGCAUUAUCAAGCCUUAUUUCCUCAGAACUGUUUUUAUAUUAUCUCGUCUCUAUGCUAUAUAGUUGCUUAGGAAAUGAAAGGGAAUUUCAUACAGAGUUUAUGUACAUUCCAGUAAUCAAAAUGACCACAGAAGAGGUGAAUAUUAUUUCAAAAUCAUAUACGGUUUUCCAUCUUGGAGGAGACGAUAUAGGAAGGAAGUUAACUCUUUAGGUGGGUGAGUGUUGUGCAAAGAGCAGAUUUAAAGACAGUGAUGUUGCAAGUUUCUUCGACUUAAACUUAUCAUAUACAUUGUAAUGUUAAGCAUAUGGGUAUUAUUAAUUAGCAAAAAUCACUUGUGCCUGUUAUUUAUCCUAAUUAGACUUCCACCUGCCAACAGAAUGUUUCAUUGUAACAACUCUACCACAGCAUGCUUCAACGGUGAUGUCUGGCAAUUGAGUGCACCUGUAAAAGUAAGGUACAUUAACAAAGGCUAACACUGAUUCCUUCAGCCCCUUCUAUGUGACAAUGAACUAUAGAGUAUGGGGCAACUGUCUUAUUUAUAGUUUAGGUCACCUUACUAACUGUAAACAAUUGAGAACAGUAAAAUAUACUGUAUCUGUUCUUAUAUUAUUAACAACUUAAUGUUUCUUUGUCCUUGGUAUCUAGAGAAAAAGCGUGGAAAUGAGGGGAUUGUAUUCUAGAACUAUUCUUAGUGGUGGUAGUAUGUGUUCUAGACAGACAAAACAUGCAAAUUCCCUAUAUAUGUAACUAGAUUAACUGUUCAGAUGGACUGAAUUUCAAGCUAGUAUCCAAUAAUAUUCAGUGACUAAAUUAAUAGAUGGCAUGUACAGUGAAUAAAAAUAUAUACAACAUCUGCCACUGCCAUGGUGGAAAGAACUGAAGUCAACAUGUGGAAACUGUGUCAUGUACUGGGAUUGCACUCUCUACUGUUUUCCACUUAAUAUGAAACUUACAUUUUAUCAAACAGCAUCACAGAAAUGUUUUUCUACCCUUAAAACACUUAUUACCUUCCUUCAUAUAUAAAAGAACUUGUACAAUCCUAUGAAUUCGAAGAGCAGUUCAUGUACCUUGAACAAGUGUUAACAGUCUUUGGAUGGGAUGUUAUAAUUAAGGGAUUACAGUACAUUAUAGUGCAUAUACACACACACCCAUGGUUAAUUUUCCUCUCAAGUAUACAGUCACUACAAAUGAAGUACAGACAAAAAUUAACCCUUUGCACAUUCCAUUUUACACAAGUGCAUAGUGUUAUGAGCCUUUUUUCUGCUGAAGUUUAAAUAAUAUUUUAGUACAUACAAUAGCCCAAGUCAUAUUAGCAUCAUGAAAAUAUUAAUGUAUCUAC